AUGGCAACAUCAACAAAACAAAUUAAUCGAGCUACUGCCAAAGAAACCAUCAGCGCUAUUCCGGGCUUUCUUAUCGGCGGGGCAGCAGCAUGUGCUGCAGUCACUUUCACAAAUCCUUGGGAGGUUAGUAUUAUCGAG